AUGAAUCGCGGCGGCACCCCUGCGUCGGACCGCGCCGCCGCGCGCCAGCAUCAUCAGGCGCGGCGCGGGGACGACCACCACGAGCCGCCUUCGGCGCCGUCAACGGUCACAAAGCCGGCGCGGAGGCGCGUGGUAAUCUCCGCGGCGGAAGUGCGGCGGCUGAACACGCAGGCGGGGCAGUUGCGCGAGGUGUUGGGGAAGAGCAAGGCGGUGAGCGAGGAGAUGAUCACCAUUCUCAACACCUUCGACACGCGCCUCACCAACCUCGAAACUGCCAUGCGCCCCAUCCAGCAUUCGGCAGUGGCUGGCUGCAAGGGCGUUGUUGAAUUGCCCGACAGACCCUUCCACCAUCACUCAUCUCAACCAUUCUCCUCCCCACCGCCAUCCCUUCAUCCCCCUUCCUCUCCCCCCCACUUCCUCCCUCCCCCCCACCCCAACCCCCCCUCCCGCCCCCCCACCACCUUCCCCCCCCCCUCCCCCCCUUUUUUUUCCCAGGAGCGCACGCUGGCGUUCCGCAAGGCGCAUGCGAACAUCGACGCCACCAUCCCCCCAUCUCAGCCAUUCCCCCUAUCUUCCCCAUCUCCCCCCCUCUCUCCCCAUUCCCAUCCACCUUCCCAUCCCCUUUCCCAUCCCCCUCCCCAUCACCAUCUCUCCCCUUCCAGGCGCGCACGCUGGCGUUCCGCAAGGCGCAUGCCAACAUCGACGCCACCAUCCUCUUUGCCGCUCGUUUGCACCCAUCUCACCCAUCACCCUUUCCCGCCGCUUCCUUUCCCCCGCCCCUUCCUUUGCCCGCGCCCCUUCCUUUGCCCCCGCUGCUUCCUUUGCCCCCGCCCUCCCCUCCCCCAGGCGCGCACGCUGGCCUUCCGCAAGGCGCACGCCAACAUCGACACCACCAUCCGCGCCGUGGAGACGGUGCUGGAUAAGUUCGACAUCCCGCAGCAGGUGGGGGGGAAGGGGGGAGAGGGGGGGCAGAACAGCAGCGAGGGUGGUAGGGCCGUGGAGACGGUGCAGGACAAGCUCGACAUCCCGCAGCAGGUGGGGGGGGCGAUGGGCGUGCUACGCUGGGAUCGUAUGCACGCUGGUGGGCGGGUGGGCAGGUGGGCAGGUGAGCUGGGUUGCUGGGCUGGUGGGCCGGUGGCAGGUGGGUGGGACGCUGGGCAUGAUGGGACCAGCAGCGGAGGGAGGGGGGGGUGUGAGACGGUGGCAGGGGGGGCGGUUGGCUGCCAGGACAGUGGAGCAGAGGAUAAAGGCGGCCGUCGGCGCGACCUACAGGCAUAUCUAGCAGAGGUGGACGUGGAACAACGGAUCAAAGACAUGCCUCGUCGUGACCUAGAGGCAUACCUAGCAGCGGUGGGCAUGCCACAGGAGGCGCUGCUGUUCUUUGACUCGCACCGCAACCACAAGUCGUCGGAGGGCGCUGCUCUGCCCUGCAGGCGCUGCUGUUCUUCCUUCGUGGAACAACGAAUCAAGGACGGUCCGCGUAGAGACUUAGAGGCGUAUCUAGCAGCGGUGGACAUGCUACAGGAGGCGCUGCUGUUCUUUGACUCGCACCGCAAUUACAAGUCGUCGGAGGGCGCUGCUCUGCAGGCGCGUGGGCUGAUGAAGGAGGCCAUGGGCAUGCUUGAAGCUGAUUUCCGGCAGCUGCUCGCGAAUAACAGCAAGCCCAUGGACGUGUUGAAGAUCAUCGAGGCGAUGCCAGAGCUGGGGAUCGAUCUGGCGGGGCUGCCCCCGCCGGCACAGACGCCGGAGAAUCUGAUUCCGGGCAUCGGACCCAGCAAGGGCGGCAAGGGGCCGCCCGUGCUGCUGCUGCCCACGCUCAUAGAGCGGUUGAAUGCGGUGGCAAGGAGGAUGAUUCAGAACGGGGCGGCUUCCGUGUGCACUCGCGUGUACAGGGAG